AUGUCAACAUUAAAGUUUUGGAAUAAGAGCAAUAGUGAGAGUAGUGACACAAAGACGGAGACGAAAAAUGCAAAAAAUGGGCAACGAAAUUGGUUGCAUGCACCUGAUUCGUUAUCAAAUGGACAUGUCGCAUAUCUAGUCAAGUAUUUGGGCAAUACGCCUGUCGAUCAGCCGAAAGGGAUUGAGGUUGUGAAGGAGGCAAUUAGGAGAUUACAGUUUACGCAACAAAUUAAGAAAGCAGAAGGCGGAAAUAAUGUCAAGAUGAAGAAAGUUGAAAUCACGAUCAGUAUCGAUGGCGUUGCUAUUCAGGAGCCCAGAACAAACAACAUUCUGCACCAAUUUCCACUCCACAAAAUCAGCUACUGCGCUGACGAGAAGGGAGUAAAGAAAUUCUUCAGUUUCAUUGCCAAAAUGGGCACAUCAGUACAAGCAAACACAAACGGCGAUUCAACAAGCAUAAAUACAUCAUCGUCGUCGUCCGUUGGAAGCGUGACUGGAACAGCUGAAGAAUCUCAUGAAUGCUUUGUUUUCAUAUCGAAUAAGCUUGCUUCCGACAUUACAUUGACGAUUGGACAGGCUUUUGAUUUAGCUUAUCGUCGCUACAUGAGUGAUAGUGGAAAGCAAUUUGAAAUCUCCAAGCUGCAAUCACACAAUAAAAUACUUGAAGGAACUGUCGAUACUUAUCGUAAGCGCUUACGAGAGGUCUCUGAAAUUCUCUCGAAACCAGAUCUGGAUAAAUUGUUGUUGCGUUUAGGCGUACGAGAUAUUUGCGAAGUACAGGUCACAGAAACAACAGCUAGCGACGGAAAUAAAACGCCAGACCUUGGCAUUGACGUAUCGCAGAACGAUGAUCAAUUACUCAUUGAAACGUCACCGAAAAAUACAUUUGCACCAAUUGUGCCACCGCGUAAUCAAAUUACCAAUGAUGCUCUCAAACCAACAAUCGGAACUAAACUUGAAGGACUCAAUUUGCUUGAUUCCGAUUCAGAUUCAGAAUUUGAUCCGCGUGCUGAAGAGCCUGUAAUGACCAAUGGAUCAAAAAUGUCAAAUGAUUUGUUUGGUUUCGAGCCAAAAAUGAAUGGAAAUGUACAGCAGUUGUUUAGUUCGGGACAUUUUACUGACGGAACGACGAAAACGAUGACGCAUGGUCCAACAUCACCGCCACCUUUAUUGGCACCUCCUCCAAAGGUAGCAGCACCAAGAAGAACAAACGGAGCACAAGAUUUAUUCGGUUCAGAUCCAUUCGCACCAAUAUCUGCAAAGCCAUUGAGUGACUGUAAUGGAAUGAAUGAAGAAUCUCGUAAUAUUGUUAAGGAUUUAUCAGCAUUUAGAAUGGAUCAUUUUGACGCUACAGUAAAUCAAGAAUCAAGUAUUUCCAAUAACUUUGAGUGUGAGACAGAUUCGGCUAAAAAUCCGUUCCUUGACUCGCCCAAAAAAGCUCCGUCGACAACAAAAUUAUUCCAAAAACCCACAGAAAUGUUUUUGUCGAACAAAACUAAUCGCUAUGAUGUAUUUAAAAAUGAUUUUCCAUCAAAUGGACAUGAAGCGAGUGAGAAAGUAGAGAAAAAGACUGAAAUGUCAAUGAAUGAUCCAUUUCAAGACUUUGCAAUUGCGGCAUUUAGUGAAUUUAAAAUUGAUAAAUCAUCAUCAAUUCAUGAAUUUUCGAAUAAACUCUUUCAAAAUGGCCAUCAAAAGGAUACGGAGCACUUAAGUAGUCAGCAAUCGAGAUCGAUGAAGAUGAAGAAUGGCAUCAAUAUUGACGAUUUCAGUAUUGAAAGCUUCGAUCCAUUAGCCAAAUAA